AUGAUGAUUGCACACUUCUCUCGUCUCGAAAAAGAUUAUCCGUGGAUCGCAUGUCCACUUGUUGCGUCAGCGCCCAUGCUCAAUAUCGCGACUGCAAAGCUUGCAGUCGCGGUCUCCUCCGCCGGGGGCAUUGGAUUCAUAGCCGGCGGAUACGACCUUUCCGGGUUGGAACAACAACUCAUCGAAGCACAAGAUCUUGUCAACGAGGCCAACUUCCACGAUUAUCAUCUUCAACAGAGUCAGGGUGACGCACCGAUUCUCCCCGUCGGGGUGGGCUUCUUAAACUGGGGCGCAUCACUGGAAAUCGCGCUGCCCUUGAUCCAGAAGUACCGUCCCUGCGCAAUUUGGCUCUUUGCACCGAAGACCGGCGUGGACGACCUCUUACCUUGGACCCGGGCCAUUCGGUCCGAAGUCCCAUACAACGUGAAGAUCUGGGUGCAACUCUGUUGUUUGGAAGAUGCAAUAGAGUCUACAGAGAAAUUGCAGCCGGAUGUCCUUGUCGUCCAAGGAUGUGAUGCUGGUGGUCAUGGACUUGCUCGGUCUGCCAGUAUUGUCACCCUUCUUCCCGAGGUCUUAGAUCAUUUAAAGUCAAGAGAGCCCAGUUCGACGCAGACCAUUGGAAAACCGUUUGUUGUUGCAGCGGGCGGCAUCAGUGACGGUCGAGGGUUGGCUGCCACGAUAAUUUUGGGCGCGGACGGAUGUGCUAUGGGGACUCGGUUUCUAGCCUCCCCGGAGGCCCAAAUUGCGAAAGGCUAUCAAAAUGAGAUUCUUCGAGCCUCGGACGGUGGUGUGAGUACAGUACGGUCGACGGUCUAUGAUAAAGUCCGUGGGAUCUAUGGCUGGCCAACAAAGUAUGAUGGACGCGGUCUAAUCAAUCGAUCGUAUGAGGACAUUGUGAACCAGGAGGUCACUGAGGAGGAGAAUCGACGUCUGUACGAGGAAGAGAAGCUCAAGGGGGAUAAUGGCUGGGGACCGCAAGGCCGAAUGACAACCUAUGCAGGAACCGGGGUAGGCCUUAUACGAGCCGUGAUGCCAGCAGCACAUAUCGUUACGAAGAUCAGGCAGGAUGCGAUGGGCAUCCUCCAGAAGUCAUUCGUACCUGCCAAAUUAUGA